GCCCCGUUACGUCAUCAAUCCACGCGCCAGGCAGCAUGGCGAGGGCCGCAGCGGGCAGUGGCCUUCUGCUGAUCCGUGAGCACUACCUGCUCGGCGCCCGCUGGGAAGGUGCAAAAGGAAGAUGGGGCUUGCAAUUCCUACGCUCCCCUUACAGAUUUUGUAGUAGCGGAAUGGUUUUGGAGGAUAUCAACAAGCCGGUGAUCGACCGAAUCAUCAGAGUGGAUCACGCAGGCGAAUUCGGGGCAAAUCGUAUUUACGCCGGUCAGAUGGCUGUCUUAGGCAGAAGUUCAGUAGGACCAGUCAUUCGUCAAAUGUGGGAACAAGAAAAGGACCAUUUGAAACAAAUGAAGGAGUUGGUGAUUUUGUACAGAGUCCGUCCAACCAUUUUGUUACCUCUGUGGGACGUGGCAGGUUAUAUGUUAGGUGCUGGCACGGCUUUGCUUGGGAAAAAAGCUGCCAUGGCCUGCACAGUGGCCGUGGAAGAAAGCAUCGCUGUGCAUUACAACAACCAGAUCAGGGUCCUCGUAGAAGAAGACCCCGAGAAAUACAAGGAGUUAUUACAGAUCAUCAAGAAAUUUCGCGAUGAAGAGAUGCAGCAUCACGACACUGGAAUUGAGUACGAUGCAGAACUGACUCCGGGAUAUUCAGUUUUGAAGAAUGCUAUACAAGUCGGAUGUAAAGCAGCGAUAUUUUUAUCGGAAAGAAUUUAAAUUUGGCCACAGUAGAUUUAUAGUCUAUAGAUGGGGAUUCUUUUGUUUUCUUCGUUCUUCUUGUCAGUUGGGGAAAGCCGAUGGUUAACAUUUCGACUGUCUGAAAUUGUUGGAAACUUGCUGGGGAGGUUACACAACUGUUUUCAUGCGCUUUCCACCUGAAAAACUUGUUUUGCUGCCACUUUUUUGGGGGCAAUUGCGACAUCUUUUUUUUCAACGAAAGGGAUUCCUUAUAGAAUAGCCAUCUAGCCUUCCCUCCCGAGAUAACAUUAACUUAUUAUUAAAGUUUGUACUGAAAAGCAAGUCACGCUGCUUAAAAACCAAUCGUGUGUUUUCUAAUGGACGAUUCAGGAGUAGACGCUGGUUGAAAUAAAUGGUGCUUCAUUCCAAAGCUU